AUGGGUGGCGAUCCGAGCAGCCCGACCACAUCGUCGUCCACCUCGACGGAGAUCCUACCUGCUGAAUUCCCCGCCGUCUACCAACGGAGCCGACGAUUAACUCGACUCGCCCCCGCCGCUCUUCGACUUUCCCGACGGAUUCCACCACAUCUACGUCGGCGCCUCUCCCUACGGUCUCGACGAGUCGAUGAUCAAGACGAUUCCAAUCUCCCUCUACAGCAGCGACAACUUCCGUAA